UAAAAUACUAUUGCCACAGGUCUAAAACCAAAAAAGAUUUACUCUUGCCGCAUGUUUUACAUGAGAGUAUACCAUCUUUGUUAUUAACGCCGACUGGACUAACUGGUAAAACACUCUCAUCAUAUAUUAAUACCCAAUGCACGUCCCUUAGCCAACCUGAAUGAAAAUGUCUUUUUCCUCGCAUGAAAUUGUCCUCACCAGCUCCCCUGAUGGCCCAAUCACUGCCUAUGACACCAUCUCCGGCACCACCCUAGCUCGCUUCACCGGCAGCCGGUCACCUCGUCACGGCCUUGCCAUUGUAGGAAAGGCUUAUAUUGCUGCCUCUCACAUCUCAUCAGCCACAGCUUCAGGCUCAAUUCACCUCUAUACCUGGUGGUCCUCGUCAGCUUUGCACCAUCUUCCUCUCCCUGAACCUGUGGCUCCACUUGCUGCCACUCCUGAUGGCUCGUAUCUAUUCGCAGGUGGCCUUUUUGGAAAUGUUUAUGCUCUAUCAAUUCCUUCAGGAAACAUUCUCAAAUCAUUUCCUGCUCAUAGCAAGCCUGUAUCUUGUAUCAACAUCAGCAGUGACUCGUCACUCUUGAUUUCAGGAGGAGAUGAUGGUAACAUUGUUGUUGUGCCAAUAUUUCAACUUGUAGAAGCACCAGGGAGUGAAAAUGAAAGCAACUUGAUACUGCAUAGCUUUCCUGCACAUGAUGGUCCAGUGACAGGCAUCACUGUUUGUAUGGGAAUAUGCCAUCCUACUAUAGUUUCUUGCUCAACAGAUUCUACCUGUAAACUAUGGAGCCUUUUGGAUGGAAGAAACCUGCAAACAGUAGCAUUCCCAUGUUCGAUUUCCGGGAUUGCAUUAGACCCAACAGAAGUAGAAUUUUAUGCUGCAGGAUCCAACGGUUUAAUAUACAAGGGAUCCCUGCAGGCCGGAAGUAGAAAAGGGAUAGCUCAGGGUCGAAAAUUGAUCACAUGGACACAAAAACAUGAUGGAGCUGUAGUAUCUGUGGUGGUGAUAAAUGAAGGAAAGAAUUUGGUAUCUGCUGCAGAAGAUGGAAGUGUGUUUAUAUGGGGAAUAGAAAAUGGGCAGCUGAUUAUGGUUAUUGGCAAUAACAUGGAUAAUAUUAGUGAUGUAGUCGUGGCAAGAGGGAUUUGUGAUGGCAGAGAAGGCUAUGGGAAUAGAGUGGGCAAUGAAAUGAACGAAUUUGGUGGGAGAAAUCUGGGGUUAUCAAGCAAAGAACUUAACUUCAGACCCAUAAAAGAUACUGUGAAUGUAGAAAAUGCCUUGGCUGUGGCAGCAAAGAAUAGUAGAAAAGCCAUCGAUAAGCUCGAGUCUGCAAUUGGAGUGUAUGAAAGACUUUUGGAGCUCAUUCUCAAGGAGGCUAAGGCAGGCACUAGCAAGAAUGGUGAAAAUUAGGGUCUUAAGGAGACACUGCAAGCCUGCAACACUCGGCCAACCCGUACCCAUGUUGCAGUAGCAUCAACCAGUGGAGCAGUAGGAUUCAAACAUCGGCACCCACCCAUGGUGGGUUAGGAGAGUUGUUGUCGACAAUCCUACUUCAUAAUUGAAAACAUCGAUAUUCCAGAGUAGUGCAUGAACAUGACUUCUUGGCUAGAGUUACAGCAUUUCUGAAUAAAUUGUUAAUCUAGCAACUUUCAAUUUGAGGUUACUGUUACGCCAA